AUGUCAUCCGACUCGUAUCUGCCCAUGCCCGCGCCCACCGUGCCCCAAAGGCCGUUAUCAUCCUACAAACUUAUCUCAUACGACAUCUACGGCACGCUCGUGGAUUGGGAAACCGCCAUUGUCAAGCUGCUUCAACCGCUAGUGGCGCGAAUCCCCUCAUCCUCCCCUCUCAGCCAGGAAUACCAAGACAGCACGACGCCCGGGUCGGAAGGACGGAUCCAGCUCGCUGCGAAGUUCAACGACGUCGAACAUGAGCUGGAAGCGAAGAAUCCGUCCCAAAGGUACGACGAGCUCCUAGAGGACAUAUACCUGCGCUUCGCGUCCGACUUGGGGGUCGACAUCACCGACUCCACGAGGCAGGAAGCGAGGAAGUUCGGCGAGAGCAUCGGCACCUGGCCACCCUUUCCGGACACCGUCGACGCCUGUCAGCGGCUGGUCAGGCACGGCUACAAACUGGUCCCGGUCUCCAACGUGGACCGGGCGAGCUUUUCACGCACCUGCGCCGGCCCGCUCAAGGGCGUGGAUUUCUUCCGCGUCUACACGGCUCAGGACAUCGGGUCGUACAAGCCGGACCUGCGGAACUUCGAAUAUCUCAUCAAGCACGCGAAGGAGGACGCCGGCGUGGAAAAGCACGAGAUAUUGCACGUCGCGCAGAGUAUUUUCCAUGAUCACAUCCCUGCUAAAAAGAUGGGGUUGGCCAGCGUGUGGAUCAAUCGCAAGGGAGCGGGCAUGGGUGGGAACGAGGCUAUCAGGGGCAUUCACGACCGAGGAGAGGUCGGGUAUGGAUGGAGGUUUGGCACGUUGGGCGAGUUGGCGGAUGAAGUUGAGAGGGAGAGAAGCGAGGAAGGGAAGUAA